AAUAGGAAGGUGCUUGAUAUUUAGCUAUAAUUUAAUUUUAAGAAUUUCGACAAAAUGGUAGUUUUUCUUGGUUAAAUAAUAAAUAUAUAUAAUGAAAAGUAACAACCAACUUAUUGAUUUGCAUCCUCCAUGACUAAAUCGUCUGACAUAGGCAUAUCAUCGUCCAUAUUGUCGAUAUUGUUAUCGUUCUAUGUCAAGAGAUCGAAGAUUUUAAAUAUAGUAACAAAUUGGCGCCAUUUGGAAACGAAAAAGUUCAUUAAAGUUUACUGGCUUGGAAUUAAAGAUGAGGAAAUACCUCAAGAUGAAAUUCAUGUCGAUCAAAAUAACCGAGCGAGCUAUUCAAGUAUAUCAUUUCACAAAGGAUCAGAUGGAAUCUUGUUCAAAUUUGUUAUUAAAAACAGCGAGACUCUCGCGAAUACUAAAGUAUGUCUUCGACAUCGCCUUGGUAUGAGUGAAAAAGAUUUUUCGAAAGUAAAAAUUGCAAUUGUAUCUGAAACUUCAUACGCAAACCCGGAGUAUCUUGAUGACGAUGAAAUGACAUUAUCUAAUGAAGGUUGUCUAGGACUUGAUCACGUAGAUAAAUCUGGCUGCGCGGAGAGUGUUUUCAUUCGAGGCUAAUAUAUUAGUCUUUUUUUUAUACGCAACAAUCUCUUGUAACUGAGAGCAUCUUUAUUUUUAUUAAUUUAAUAUACAGUUGUACUAUUAAAAAUUCUAUGACAUAUAUGACAUUACGCCGUAUAAAAUCCACUCUUUAACAUCUUGUUA